CACAAACGCAAACAAUAACAGCACCGAUUUGUUUACAUAGAAAAACACGUUUGCUUGCAACGGGGCAAACAAUCAGAACGUUUUAGGGAAAAACAUUAUAUCUAAAGCUUUUGUACUAAACAUUACCGCACAUAAAGUAAUCAAACGAUGGUUCGAGUCAAACAAAGGUACAUUCUGGUGCAAAUCCGGUGCAAUAAUGUACCGGCCGAUGAGCCCGUCUAUAUUUCAUCGACUUUACUGUACCAUCAAAUUAUGGGGUACGUGGAGCAGUGCUACGGCGUGUUUGGGUGUGCGAGUAUGCUGAAGCUGAACGUGAUAUACUUUAACGCUAAAACGCACCUUUGCAUCGUACAAGCGAGGCAUGGGCCUCACCGGUUUAUCACCAGCGUUCUACCCUUAAUGCUCGAGGCCGGUAAACAGCCUGCCCGGUUUCGCACGCUGUACGUGGGAGCAACGCUGAAACAGUGCCAGAAGUUUAUCGUCAAAUAUCAGCAGCGCUACAUCAACAAAACUAUCGGCGACUGUCGGGGGGCCUUGCAGAAAAAGAUGCUGAUCGAAGAUGUUACCAAUAUGCAGAAGCUGCAGUAGCACACACACACAUUCGACACGGGUGUACGGGUGGGUUUCUUGUGUAUCAAAUAUCUUUAUUAGGCUUCGGGCGUUUGUGAUAGGCCCCUUUACAAAGGGAAUAAAUUAUUGCAUGGCGCACCGUCCGGCGGCCACGUAAUAUGCGCACACGGCAGUACGGCGAUCAGGUA